AUUACAACAUUUAAGUAUAAAAAGGCACAAAAUUUUAACACACAAAACUAUCUGCGUUUCAAAAACCAUUAAGAUGAAGCUUUAUUUGCUUAUCUUUGCGGUGAUCUGCAUUAGCAAUGUUCAGUCCGAUCAUCCAGUAAAACCUGUCGAGAUUACCGAAGAAAAUUUUGCAGCCCUUGUAGAUGCUUUGAAAAAGUUACUCGAACUUUAUAAAAAUCCAGAACAUAUACACAAACAGGUUGUUGAAAAAGUUCACGAAUUGAAAGACGCAUUAUCAAUAACCACUAACGAGCGCAGCCUAAUUCCAGAUUUGCAAAAAUUGUUAGCGACAAUCUAUUAUGGUUUGGGAGGAGUAAUUAAACUUUUGCUGCCCCCUAAUAGGGAUCUCUUUGAUAUAGCCGCUGAUGUUGCAGCAACAAUUGCUAGUCACCUUGUUCAUGACAACAAACAACUUUUGGACCUCUUAGAAAAAGUCAUAAUUGCUGUAUCAUCCAUAGCAAGAGUAGCAGUUACGAGUGCUCUAGAUAUCAUCAUACCACCAAUACCAUAUAUAACACCAUUAGAUCGAGCAUAGGACCAACGAUACGUUUGCUGGUUAACUUUAUUACACAUUUUUCAAAUAAAUUGAUUAACAUUU